UGAUUGGAAGGAGACCAGAGAACCUGCAUCAGGCUCAAACUCACUGAAAAAUAGACAUGAAUCCGUCAGUGCUCCACUACGUAGUGCUGAAAAUAAACCAUUCAGCUGCUCAGUCUGUGAGAAAGCUUUUUCACUGAGUAGAAAUGUAAUAACACACAUGAGAGUCCACACAGGAGAGAAACCCUUUAGCUGCUCAGUUUGUGAUAAAGCUUUUUUACUGAAUACAGAUUUAAAGAGACACAUGAUAGUCCACACAGGAGAGAAAGCACACAGCUGCUCAGUCUGUAAGAAAGCCUUUUCACAGAGUGGAAGUUUAAAGGCACACAUGAGAGUCCACACAGGAGAGAAACCACACAGCUGCUCAGUCUGUAAGAAAGCUUUUUCACAGAGAGAACAUUUAAAAAAACACAUGAGAGUCCACACAGGAGAGAAACCAUACAGAUGCUCAGUAUGUAAGAAAGCUUUUUCACUGGGUGAACAUUUAAAAAAACACAUGAGAAUCCACACAGGAGAGAAACCAUACAGAUGCUCAGUCUGUAAGAAAGCUUUUUCACAGAGUGAACAUUUAAAAAAACACAUGAGAGUCCACACAGGAGAGAAACCACACAGCUGCUCAGUCUGUGAGAAAGCUUUUUCACAGAGAGAACAUUUAAAGGCACACAUGAGAGUCCACACAGGAGAGAAACCACACAGCUGCUCAGUCUGUCAGAAAGCUUUUUCACAGAGUGAAUAUUUAAAACAACACAUGAGAGUCCACACAGGAGAGAAACCACACAGAUGCUCAGUCUGUAAGAAAGCUUUUUCACAGAGUGGAAGUUUAAAGGCACACAUGAGAGUCCACACAUGAGAGGAAAUAUACAGUUGCGAUGUUUGUGACAAAAUAUUUAAAUGGCGUAAUCAUUUCAAUUAACACAAAUGUGUUGGUCGUCAGUCCUCACAGCUUAAUGAAAUUCAAACUGCGGAUAACUGAGAGGCAGAACUUCCAAUCAGCAGCUCAGCUGAACACAUGGAAACAGAAGCUGAUGGAGAGGACAAUGAAUAAGUCUUAUGACAGUUCACACAUGAGAAAAAUCUGCCUGACUGGAUCAACAUUGUUGCACAACAUUCAUAUAAGACUUAAUUGAACUCUAUCUUUAUCAACAUAAGUGGACAAUAUGUUUAAUGUUUUUGUCAUACUGAUUUUCUGAUUUAUACGUUAACCACUGACUUUUGAUUAACCAUUUUAUUGUGGAUUGAGGGCUCCAAGUUUCCAUAUACAGAUAUAGGAUGAUUUGAUGUAUUGUUCUUUAUUUCUAAAUGUUUUGUAUCAUUGCUAUCCUGUUAAUAAACCCUCUUUUACAUAAAUA